GUAGGCGUGUCCUGGGUGUAGAAGCGGGGUUUGGGCCUGGGCGGGGCCCGAGCCUCGGGGCAGGGAGGGGCCUUGGACUGGGUAGCUGCUUGGACGCGACCGCCCGAAGCUCGGUUCCCAGACGGCGGCGGUGGCCGAAUGGUCUUGGUCACACCAGCGCCGGGCCCCGGGCCACGUCCGCGGCCGGCUAUGCCUCCGCCCGCGCCGCCCACCGACCUGGUGCCGUCGGAGCGCGCCGUGGUGCUGCUGUCCUGCGCGCUGUCGGCCCUAGGCUCCAGCCUGUUAGUGGCAACGCACGCCCUGUGGCCAGACCUGCGCAGCCAGGCGCGGCGCUUGCUGCUCUUCCUGUCGCUGGCCGACCUGCUCUCGGCCGCCUCCUACUUCUACGGGGUGCUGCAGGACUUCUCGGGUUCCUCGUGGGAUUGCGUGCUUCAAGGUGCGCUCUCCACCUUCGCCAACACCAGCUCCUUCUUCUGGACGGUGGCCAUCGCCCUUUACCUUUACCUCAGCAUCGUCCAUGGGGCGCGCGAGCCUCGGGUCAGCCGCCUGUUCUGGGCCUUCCACAUCGUCAGCUGGGGUGUCCCACUGGCCAUCACAAUAGCCGCUGUGACUCUAAAGAAGAUUGGCUAUGAUGCCUCAUAUGUGUCAGUGGGCUGGUGCUGGAUCAGCUUGGAAGCAGAAGACCAUUUACUGUGGAUGCUGCUGACUGGGAAGCUGUGGGAGCUGCUGGCCUACAUCACACUGCCCCUGCUCUAUCUCCUUAUUCGGAAGCAUGUCAACAGAGCGAGGCUGACUCUGACGCUUGCCCUGGCCACACUGGUUGCUGCCUUUGGGUCAUCCUUCCAGUAUGGGUACAAUGUGGCUUCCAUCAACUCCCCUGCUGAAAUCAUGAAGCAGUUUUAUAAUGAGACCUACUAUGACAGAUAUGGUGAAAUCCUGCUUCCGUAUACCUUGACUUUGCUGUGGUCUGUGUCUGUUUCCAUGUUCCCCUUUGGGGGCCUCAUUGGAUCCUUCAUGGUUGGCCCCUUGGUGGAUAAACUUGGCAGAAAGGGGGCCUUGCUGUUCAACAACAUCUUCUCCAUCAUACCUUCCAUCCUAAUGGGAUGUAGUAAAAUUGCCAAGUCAUUUGAGAUGAUCAUUGUGGCACGACUUUUAGUGGGAAUUUGUGCAGGUGUGUCUUCCAAUGUUGUCCCCAUGUACCUAGGGGAGCUGGCCCCCAAGAACCUGAGGGGAGCUCUUGGAGUGGUGCCCCAGCUCUUCAUCACUGUUGGCAUCCUGAUGGCCCAGAUCUUUGGCCUACGGGCGCUCCUCACCAGUGAAGCAAGCUGGCCACUCCUUCUGGGACUGACAGGGAUCCCGGCUGCAGUACAGCUGCUUCUCCUGCCCUUCUUCCCUGAGAGUCCCAGAUACCUGCUGAUUCAGAAGCAAAAUGAAGGGGCUGCCAGGAAAGCUCUGAGGAACCUGCGUGGUUGGGAUGACCUGGAUGAGGAGAUCAGGGAGAUCCGAGAGGAAGAUGAGGCCCAGAAGGCUGCAGGCUUUAUCUCAGUAUUGAAGCUUUUCAAGAUGAGGUCCCUGCGGUGGCAGGUCUUCUCCAUCAUCGUCCUCAUGGCCGGCCAGCAGCUGUCAGGAGUGAAUGCGAUCUACUACUAUGCUGAUGAAAUCUACCGGAACGCUGGGGUGAAAAAGGACCAUGUGCAGUACGUGACUGUGGGCACCGGGACUGUGAACGUGGUGAUGACCAUAUGUGCUGUGUUUGUAGUGGAGCUGGUCGGGAGGAGGUUCCUGCUCCUCCUGGGCUUUUCUGUCUGCUUCCUGGCCUGCUGUGUGCUGACAGCUGCUCUGGCUCUGCAGAGCACAAUAUCCUGGAUGCCUUACCUCAGCAUUACUUGUGUCUUUUCCUACGUCGUGGGACAUGCCCUCGGACCCAGCCCCAUCCCUGCACUGUUCAUCACUGAGAUCUUCCUGCAGUCCUCCCGGGCAUCUGCCUUCAUGGUGGGGGGCAGCAUCCAUUGGUUCUGCAACUUCACUGUGGGUCUGGUCUUCCCAUUCAUUCAAGCAGCCCUUGAAGCCUACAGUUUCAUCAUUUUUGGUGCAAUAUGUCUUCUCACCACCAUCUAUACCUUCAUGAUUGUCCCCGAGACAAAGGGAAAGACCUUCAUGGAGAUAAAUCAGAUAUUCAUGAAGAAAAAUAAGGUGUCCGAAGUGCAUCCAGAGAAGGAGGAACUGAGGAACUUUCCAUCCCCUCCAAGUCUGUAACUUAAGAAGAGCAGGGGAAGCAAGUCUGCAUGGAUCUCCCAGCUGUACUUUUUCUAACAGAUUCUGUGACUCUCCAGAAAUUGGACAAGGCCAGUAUGCAAUGCAGUGCUCAGGAGAACUAGUCAAAAGGCUUCUGUGGAGUUCUUAAAACCAAACUAACCCUUCAUAUUGACCUGCCACCAAUCCUGAGCCACACCGAGCAAUUGGCUCAACCAUGUUGAAUAGCCUAGCUCUCACUGUAGAAAUUGUUACAGUGGUGAUUAAUGGAUGGAAUAAAGUUUGACCAGGGAAAAGAACUUUUUUCUAAUUCCACAGUACUUUGAUGGUCAUAGGAUAUUUUCUUCAGAGCAUAAUUAAUCUUGGAAAGUAUGAUGUCACAAGUGAUAAUAUGUUCCCCUACAAAGCUGGGGAGCAUGUUCCUAUGUAGACUUUAAUUGAGUUAGAGAUGAUUAAACCUAUAUUAAAUUAUUAGAAGACUAUGUAAUUGUCUCUGUGGACUCAAUAAAACAAAUUGAUCACAUUUCA